AAAGUUGUUUUAAUCAUAGCUCCAAGGCAGAAGAUCUUCAAAAAGCGACAUUCUUCGUAUUUGCUCAGAUCUAGAGUAAUCACGAUGUUCGAAGAAAAUACUGCUACUAAUCCAAAAAAAUCAACUGUUGAUGAAAGGGUUGAUAAAUUGGAGGCUACAAUGCAAACUAUGGCUAUGACUCUUCAGGCCAUCAGUCUCACUUUGUCAAAUCUGACUACUAGUUUUGUUUCUUCAUCUAUAGCCUUGGUAUCUACAACACCUACCCCAUCUGUUCCUAUUCCAUCAUCUACCAUCGCACCGGGUAGUCGUGCUAAGGCUCCCAUGAUGUACGCCAGGAAAAUGGCACCUAAUGCCAAGGGUAAAAGGGUGCUCAUUCAUUACUUUCAAGACAGUCUGUCAGGCCCAGCAAGUAUUUGGUUCUCCAUUCUUGACAAAAAGAAGAUUCGCACUUUCAAGGAUGUGUCUCAAACUUUCAUGAAGCAGUAUGAGUAUAAUAUCAGUCUAGCUCCUACUAGGGAUAGCUUGCAGAGAAUCACCAAGAAGGGUAAUGAGACUUUCAAGGAGUUUGCUCAAUGGUGGAGAUCCGAAGCAGCUAAAGUCAUUCCACCUCUCACCGACAGUGAAAUAUGCUCUCUCUUUAUCAAGUCAACUACUGGGAUCUUCCGUGCAUGUUUGCACCCGACGGAGAAAGAAGAUGAAGAAGCUUUUAGUCAUAUUUCCACUUGUCAUGCAAAACCAAUUUAUAAUGUGGCAAAGAUUCCUUAUAAUCAGCAACCUCAAUUGCAAUACACUUCGGCCUUUAAGCUUACCACCUAUCCUCAGAGGAGGCCAAACUUUAAUACUCAAGCUCCAACUAGGCAACAAUUCCCAUCGACUAAUAGGCCAUGGCAAUUCACCAAGCUUCCAAUCCCUUACAGUGAGGUGUUGGAACAAUUGGUGGCAGUGGUGGGUCAUAGUACUGAACAUUGUACAACUUUGAAGCAUAAAAUUCAAGAUCUCAUCGACGAGGGUAAACUUCAGCUUGAUGCUAAGGAAGCCGAGAGCACUCCAAACAUCACUCGAAAUCCUUUACCCCCUCAUGAUGCAGGCACAAUGAAUAUGGUUGCCCUUGAUGAAGUUGAAAAGCUCGUGUUGGAGAAUGCCAAUUUUUUGUCUCUUGAUGAAUUGUUUGCCAUUUUGACAAAAUAUAAUUUGAUUCAACCGAUUGCGCAAAUGAGCUUGAAUGUUUCACCUGUGAUAAUUGAUGAUGCCUUGGUUUGUCCUUACCACUCCAAUAUGAAGGGGCAUACUUUGAAAGAUUGUGAAGAUUUUCAGAAAAAGUUUAAGGAAAUGGCUGAGGAUGAUAUUACUAAUGAAGUUUGUUCUGAUGAUGAGGAAGACUAUUUUGGCUUCAACAACCUCUUUGAGCCAACCAACAUGAUAGAUCCUAAGGAAAGGUGGAGGAGGAUGCUUGUUGAAAGGGCAUCCAUGGAGAAGCACCCCAACUUCCAUCUUGUUCAUCAUGCGAAAGCUCCAAUGGGUUCACAUGAGUCUAUGCUUCUUGGAAUAAGGGAAGAAGAAUCACUAUGUGACUCAUGGAGAAAUUUGACUAUAAAUGGUUUAGAUAAGGAACAAUUGAAAUUUGAUAGGGGAGUUUCACUAGUCAAUGGAAGCUUUCAGGCUAAUUGGACAGCAGAACUUCUCCCUGCAACUUUCAUCUUUGAGUAAAAGAAGUCAGCCUCUAGUAGUUUUACUUGUGACUAUGUGAAGGGAGGGAUUCCACAAGCACCUUUAUAUUUUCUGAAAUUUAUGUUAUCAUGCUUCUAGUAUUCCCAUGCUUUCCUUUUCAAUGAAACAUGUUGCAAUCCUAUCUAUCAUUGUAAACACCAUCAUGAUGCAACUUUACUUGAACUUUUAUUGUACAAACCACUCUUUAAUGAUAUAUUUCAUGAGGUUAUCCAAUAACAUGUUCUUAUCUUU